AAAAAAAAAAAAAAAAAAACAGGGGCAAGCGUUUUCUUUAUCUACAGUCAUCAUGGCAACUCCACAGAGAAAUGCAGAAAACUUCAUCGCGGAGGGCAACAGGACCGAGCAUACGGACAGUUUUCUGAAGUCACUGGAGAAACUCUUCAGCCCUUCUGUGGAUGAUACAACAGAGACAGUGAUCCUGCCGUCAAGGAUAGAUGAACAGUCAAGUCUGAUUUGCAUGCUGAAACAGAGAGCAGAUGAUGUGCUUCUUCGAUGUCAAGCACUGCAAAAAAUCAGUACAGAGCUGGAGGGCCACGUAACAGACUGUCAGAAAGAACUGGAUGGUGAAAGAACAAAAGUAAAACGUUUGGAGAAGAGAUUUAUGGAUUUAGCUACCAUCAAUCAAGCAAUUAUUGCUUUCAUGAACAGGUAUAAAUAUCAAAAUGCCCAGCUGAAGAUGGAAAAGGAACAGCUGCAGUCAGAAAAUGACACAAUUUUCUCCAAGAAAUUAGAAGAUAAAGAAGUGCUUGUCACAAAACUGAUGCAAGAAAUCAAACAGCUGACAGAGAAAUACACAAAUGAGGAAAAUAAAUAUCGGGAGAAAGUAGCUGGAUUUCAGUCAAAACUCCAGGAACAAACCACUCAGCUACAAGCCAAGAAUGCAUCACUAUUUGAUCAACUGCAUGAUGCUCAGCAACAACAAAGAGAUGCUGUAGAGAUGUGCAACGACCUUAAGAUGAAGCUAGAAAAGGCCAAAGAAGAGCAUGCUUUGAAGGAAAUCAACAUGAGAGAAAGCAUAACAAGCCUCAUUAAAGAGAAGGACAAACUACUGAAUCUGUCUAUGGAAAGAGGAAAAGUGAUUCAGGAGAAACAACAGGAAAUCCAGCAGCUGGAGGCAAAAUGGAUGGAAGAGAAAAAAGCCUGGGCCAAAGCAGAGGACAGGUUUGAUCAGGAAGCAGAGGCCGUUAAUGCAGAUAUCCAGGCUGCUCUUGAUGAAUCUGCGACAAAUUGUGGGAAGCUAAAAAAGGAUUUUUAAGCCGUCUAAGAGCACAGCACCAGACUCCUUAUACAAGAAAGGGAGUUAAAUAAGAAGAUUCGCCACAUGAUGGGCGAAAUUUCAGUAUUCUGCAAGUGUUUGCUUACCAAUGUUUUCAUUAAAAACAAAAAAAAUCCCUAGGAUUGUUUGCUAACUGAUAGUAUAAGGCCAAACUGUGACAAAACAAAUUAUAUUGCAAUGUUAUUUUUUAUCCUGUCUUCACUUUUCCAGAUAACUUGAACCACAGCUCAAAAUACUUAGCAUGACAUGUUAGAAGUUCCUGGAGUUUGCUGAUAACAACUUGAUUUACUCCUUGUGUUGGCUUUUAAAAUGCAGCAUGUAUGCAAUUGAAUGGCCAUUUUGGAAGAUUAUGGCAUUCCAUAAUUCCAAACUGGUUCAGUAAAAAGGCAUGAAAUUCAUGUCACGAACACAUGGGGACCUGGUCUUCAAGAAUGCACUGGAGUUUGCUGAUAACAAUUUGACGUACUUAUUUUAUUGGAGCAGCAUGAAUACAAUUAAAUGGCUAUUUUGGAGUCAUGCAGCUGACAAGCGGUCUACCGUAAAGUGCAAUGUAAUGCGCACUAAAAUUUAAGGUGCAGAUGGCGUGACCGCAGCACGUUGUUUCAGAUCAGUCAGUCCACCAGGGGCUACGGAA